UUAGUGAAAAUUGAGUGUUAAACUUGAGCUGAGUGAAUCGAACAGUGUUAUAUAAUGUAAAUAGGAUUGGUAAACUGGAAUGGAAUGAGGUAAAUUUAAAUGAGGUAUCGGAUGAUCCGGAUGAGCUGGAGGAACAAAUGAGUUGGCUUCUUAAUAUUGGUUGAGGCAGAGAUGCGCGAUGUACAGUAACGAGAGCUCGGGCGCGUGGGAGGAUGGUCACACACAAGCGCACACGUCGCACGCUCCGCUCGCACCGCUCCUGGCGUUCUACGUGCUCGUUAGUCUCCUAGGAGUCAUCGGUAAUAUAAGUCUAAUGGCGGCGCUGGCGUCGGGCGGCGCGGCGCGGCUGCGCACGCCGCAGCUGCUCAGCGCAUGCGCGGCGGACCUGCUCGUGUGCGCAGCCUCGGCGCCGCUCGCGGCCGCGCGCGCCGCACGCCUGCACGAGGACACCUGCCACGUAGGAUACUACGUCGAAUGUUUCCCGGUGGCCGCCAGCACUUUGAGCCUGGUGGCGAUGGCGGCGGAGCGCUGCGGGGCGGUGCGGCGCGGCCGGGGGGCCUCCCCGCGCUCACGGCCCUACUUGGCAGUGUCUGCCGUGUGGCUCAGCGCGCUGCUGCUCAGUGUGGCGGCGGUGACAGCGAGCUGCGUAUCCUGGCGGCCGCUGGCGGCGGCGCACGCGCUCGUCACCUACUGCUUCCCCGUGCUGGCCGUGGCGCGCUGCCACUGGGCCGUGCGCGUCAAGCUGACAGCUCUGUCGCUCACCGCCCGCGCCGCGCACGGCGAGCUGCCCCUGCCCGUGCCGCUCAUGCGCCGCCCCACGCACGUCAUCAUCGUCGCCGGCGUCGGCCCGCGCGAGCGCCGCGACGCCGUCGACGUCGGCGACGUGCGCUCCAAGAAACUUCAGCCGAGUCUGCUGGGUCCUCAGCCGUUAACCUCGACGUUACACGCGCGCCGGCGACUCGGCAACGUCCUCGUCGCUAUAGCGGCGAUUUUCGCGGCAUGCUGGUGCCCGCAUGCGGCUAUAGUCAUUUGCGGGGCGUUCGGGCUCCACGCGCCGCUGCUUCUGCAGCAGUACGCGCUGCUAUUCGGGCAUACGCAUUCGGCUCUCAAUGCGGCGGCUUACUGGGUGUUGAAUAGACACGCGUUGACGUCGGCGUGCGCGGCGUGGCGCCUGCCGCAGCUGCGGGUGCGGGAGGAGCGGCCCUCGUCGACCAACGAGGCGGCGCUGGGCGCGUUCCACCCGCGCCUCGCGCGCCCCGCGCCCUCGCCGCGCCCGCCGCCCUCCAGCUACCUGUACUAGCUCCGUGCCGUCGCAACUACACUUUGUUAAUGGAUAGAUAAGUGUCUAUGAGUGGUUAAUGUGUGUUGUUCUAACGCUGCUGCGCUUACGCCGAGGCAAAGAUCUUUCAUAUGACCUAUGUAUAUAUUUACGUAUCAAAUAAAAUUUGACACCGACCACAGAAAACACGUCAAAUAGAAUCUGCCAUUCCUGUCCGCGUGUCCGUUGUUUUCCUCGGUACAAAAAGAAAAUGUUCUAGAAAUCUAAGUAGGUAUUUCGAAAAUUUCCUCAAAAGAAAAACCACAAUUUCAAAGAUUGUAAAGUCUAUGAUAUGAUAAAACUCCUGAGCUGAAUAUCUCAAAGCAUUAAAUUGAAGAUGAUUGAAGUCCCCUUCCCCGGUUGUUGUCCGAGCCAGCAGAACUUUAAGCUCCGUAAUCCGCCGCUUAAAAGAUUUCUUGUUGAGCCAAGUGGAGUUUACAGAGAGUUAAAUCAUAGAAACGACUGUAACACGACUAUGCAAUUUUCCAAGUGUAUGUCUUUGAAGUCGACUCCUUUCGAACUCGACUAAAAGUUGGAUAGCAUGAAUUCAACCUCAGAAGCAAAUCUAUUGGAGAAUAGCCUGUUUCUUACUCGGAUGACUAGACAUAGACACUAAUAUUAAAAAGUUUAUAAACACAUUAUGGAAUGUUUAUAAUUAUAAGUUGUUAUUUGAAGUCUUCUUCAAGAAAAGAGGAGGUUUAUCAAUUCGUGAUGAUAUUUACACACUCUAUUACCCAAAUUGUGUACAGAUUUAGCUAGAUCUAAGUAUAAAAAUAUGUCGUUUUUUGCAGUGUCUUACUGAAUUGUAUGUAUGUAUGUAUAGGGAAAUGUUGCCCCGGCGUAAG